AUGUCCUUUCCCUUGUCGCACAUUCAACCAUCAUCAGAAGGGAUGGAAGACAGCCUUUCCAUCUUUGAAAACUUGGAAGACGAAGUUACCAUCGAGUCUUCGGCUGGUCCUCACAGCCAUCCCAACGUUAUCAAACUCCUUGGCAUUGCUUGGGAGAACCCAGGAGGUGCCCGAGUCCAACCAAUCCUCGUUCUCGAAUAUGCUACACUGGGCUCACUGGCGGAUCUGGUCAAGGCAUUCGGCUCCGGCGAUCAGCGCCACGUUGGGUUUUCUCAGAAGAAGGAACUCAUGAACGAUGUGGCUUGUGGUAUGGCUACCAUCCACGAACAACGCUUUAUCUGGGGAGACUGCAAGCCUGAAAACGUCCUUCUCGUGCUUGACGCCUCCAGAAGCAACGGAAUCAAGGCCAAGCUCUCGGACUUUGGGCUAAGUCUGCACAAUCCAGAUUCGACUACAGAGUUUCGUGGGAGAACAGUGCCAUGGACUGCGCCUGAGGCUGCGUUUGGUCAUCCAUGUCCACCAAGAGGGUUUGACAGUCUAGCCCGCGCUGAAGUCUAUGCAUAUGGACUGCUAGUUUGGGAUUUGGCCAUGGAUGGAAAGUGCCGUUAUCGCGCAUACUUAGGUCACAAUGUAGCUGAGACGGAUCAAAUAACUUUUGAGGAGUUUGAAGUUCUCAAGAGAAACGGCGAUGACUUUAUCAGAGGGGUUAAAACUUCAGUUUGGAGGCAUCUUCGGAAAGAUAUCCUCCGUCAGUGCUUGGCCACUGAGCCAGCAGACCGCCCAAGCUCUAUGGUUACUCUUUAUCGAGAGGUGGAUUCGUUGGCUAAGCACAAGACUUGUCCGCCCAUCUCUGUUGUUCCUGAUUUCUCUGGUGUAUUCAAUAAUUCGUACCUGACGCGUUCAUUUGGAGCUCAUACCAGCCUUGGGCUAGUGGCGGCUGAAAUCCUUCGCCACCUCACUAAAUUAUCGCACCAUCGAUCGGGCGCAGCCCAUUUCCAAAUCAGCCUAUGCAAUUUAGUAGGCCUGGGAACUCAGACCAGCUUUCAUAACGCGUACACUUCCAUGAAGAAAGCAGCUGAUCUCGGUUUUCACGAUGCUCAAGCAAUGACCCGAAGGCUCAGGUGUCUACGAGACAAGCGACCCAAUCAAGCAACAGAGGACCCAGAGAUUCUUGUGGAUGUCGAUACUGAGAAUGAGGCAACGGAGACCCAAUGGCUUCUUGAUGCCGCUCUACAAGGAUGUUGGUUUGCUGCUGAGGACCUGCGUGAUGACAAUCAUGAGCUCAUACGGUCUGAAGCCGCGGCUGGGAGUUGGCGCUGCAACUUCUAUCCACCGCCAGAGACAGAUGCCUUCUACUCCAGUCUUCCAUAUCAUACGACCAUCCUUAAGAAAGACUGCGAUGCCCUGGAAAAAUCGUUACAGUCUGAAGUUCCUAGUAUCAACUCACAGGAUAGGAACGGCCAGACUGCCUUACAUCUGGCGUUAAGGAUGGGCAGCGCGACAUUGGCAAAGACCCUUCUGAGCAAUGGAGCCUCACUUAACAUUGCUGACAACUCUGGCACUCACCCUUUGCACUGGAUUGUCGCACUAGACAGGAAAGGCUUGUCAGACAUCGAAAGUCACUUGUAUUCCGUCGACAUCAAUCCUAGGAGCCAUGAUCGGGUGCAGUCAAAGCAUGUACUCGCUACUUUGGAGCCAGGAACGCCUUUAUAUUGGGCCUUAGAGACGCGAAAUCUUGACGCCAUUGAUCUUCUAGUCAAGCGUGGCGCCGACGCGUACAUCGAAACCGGAGGAAGGUCUUCCGCCAUCCAUCGGACUUGCGCCUAUCACGAUCUUGGUGUUUUAAAAGCGCUCUUCAGAACAAGUCGGGAAAUGAAGUUUGACUCAUUCGGCAGAUCGCCAGUGUCAUAUGUUGUUGCCAACGACUUCCUACUACAACGACAAACAAACAGUAGCCGGAAAGACCCGAAUUGUUCGGCAGCAGCUUUACUUGACUUUCUGACUACAGACCUGGGCGCGGACAUCGAGUAUGUGAAUUCAUCAGGCGAGAAUGUGCUUUACAAGGCCAUCAAACAAGGCAGUGAGAGCGUGGUCAUCGAUCUUCUUGGAUGGCUAUCUAAAUAA